GCGUCCACACCACGGUUGACUCACACUGCCCAGCAGUCAGGGCGGCGCCUGACUAUAAAAUCUCUGCUGCACUUCUUCCCGACCUCUGAACAUUCCCACCUCUCCUCUGCCGACCACGUCCCAGCCCUGCACGUCUAAACACACCUCAGCAACCAUGCCUUCAGAACUGGAAACAGCCAUGGAGUCACUUAUCAAGGUGUUCCACCGGUACGCCUCUAGGGACGGUCGGAGCGGCACACUCAGCCGGCGAGAGCUUAGAGAGUUGAUGGAGAACGAGCUGUCUAACUUCCUCCAGUCUCAGAAGGACCCUGCCGCUGUAGACAAAAUCAUGAAGGACCUGGACACCAACGGUGAUGGCCAGGUGGACUUUGAGGAGUUUGUUUCUCUGGUUGUUGGACUUUCCAUUGCCUGUGAACAGUGCUAUCAGAUGCACAUGAAGAAGAUGGGGAAGAAGUUUUACAAACCCUCUGCUGCCACAAUUUCCUCAGCUUACCACACCCCAGAGAAGGAGCAGCACCACGUGACUAUCAUCAUGUCUGAUGUCCAGAAGGCUAUGACCCUCCUCAUUGAGUCUUUCAGCAAAUAUGCUGGCAAGGAGGGUGACAAUCAGACCCUGAGUAAGGCAGAGCUGAAAGAACUGCUUCAGAAUGAAUUUGGAGAUCUGCUGGGGAAAGCCAAUGACAAAGCAGCAGUGGACCACAUCUUCAAGAGCCUGGACGCAAACCAGGACAACAGUGUGGACUUCAACGAGUUUGUCAGCAUGGUCAGCUGCCUCACUGUGAUGUGUCACCAGUACUUCCACCAAUCAGCCAAAAAAUAGGGAUCCAAGCACCACCUUGGGGCCAGCAAAGAGAUAGAGAUCCCAUGAAAGCUGAAAUAAAUAUACUAUUUACUAAAAGAUCUUGAAGUCACAAAACUAUAUAUUGUAAUGCACAAUGAAAUAAACUUCUUUCUUUGAAACACUU